AUUGAGGCUAGCAGAUUGCCUGGUGAGAAGAGCAGCGGCUGGGCUAGCUGGAAGGCAUGGGCUGGCUUUGGGGAGGAAGCGAUCGAGUUGUAAGGUCCAUGGGCCAGGAACUACAUCGGUACAUUAGCGUUACCAGUUUAAGAUCAGGGGAGAACUUUGAGUGGAGUUGGCGUUGGUAAGCACCAUGUUUUAUCUGUGGGCUACAUGUGCAUCAGAAUGAAGAAUACAUCUCCCAUCACUUCAUUCCACCAUGCAGUCUGCUGCAGAGCAUUGUCUCUGGCUCACCGUCAUCAGCAUACAGCAUGUUACCAGCCUUCUCGUCAGCAAUAUCUUCAAGCUUCGUCACACCUUCGACGAUUGACACCUUGGCUGACGUCGGAGGGCUCGAUGCUGCAGUCGUUGCACCACACGUACCAACCUUUCUUCGUGAUGACGCCCAUGCCCGCAGUCCUCUUUGUUGUACUUCUCUACGGUCUCGUCACCGCCGCCUUCCAAGUGCCCGUGACAUUGAUCUCGAUAUCUGCCAUCCCCACCAUACAACUUCAACGCCUCUCAGGUAGGCUUGAUGAGCAUACCAGCCCUCAUUAGCAGUACGCUUGGCACUGUUGUUAGCUCGCCAUUCAGUGAUCGAUUGAUCUUGUGGCUGGCCUGCAACCACGAUGGGGUAUGCGAACCGGAAGUGGAGCUUUGGCUUCUACUUGCCUUCGCGCCGAUCAGCAGGAAA